AUGUUCUCUGUCAGGGAUUUUUGGAGGCGGCAUAGGAGGAAGAUUCUCAUCUCUGUCGGUGUUUUAGGAGGUGGCUAUUGUUUGUAUAACCUUUAUGAUGUUCAUAGGCAAAAGCUCCAUGGCCUCGAGAGGGAACUUCAAGUUCAGAGAGAAACUGAGGAGCGUAUAAAGGAUCAGAUGCAAGCUCACUUUGAGAAUAUUCAGAGAAUUUCUGAUACAAUUACAUUACCUCAUUCUAUGCACCACCUAAGUUGCCGGAUAUCAGAAGAGUUGAAUCUUUCUCACCUUCUUGAGAGGCUAAUGCAGGGAAAGGGUCAGCCCAACGCUUUAACACAAUCAGAGAAACUAGAUUUAUGGGGUAGACUCAAGAUUUUAAGUUUCACAAGAAUGGCGUUGUCAAUUUGGGCAACAGUAAUGCUUUGCUUGUAUACAAAAGUUCAAGUCAAUAUACUAGGAAGGCAUCUAUACAUCGAUACUGCACGAAGCUUUGAAACCGCUAAUUUAAUGGAAAGUGGAGAUGUGGUCGAUGGUGAGGGCCAGCAGAAAUUUCUAGGAAGUGUUGAUUUUCUCUCUCAGCAUGGUAUGCCUGCCUUGAUUUCGGACAUGGAGGCGGCAACAAAAGAAGUUCUCAAAGGAAAGCAGUUGACUAGUCUCUUCAACUAUACAGCAUUUCAAGAAACCAUCACACAGAUACUGAACACUUUCAUGAGCAGAGGGAGUCCAUUUUUCUGGGUCAAAUAUAUGAUACCUGAGGAUGCUAAAUUACGUUCCACGGCCUCUGGGAGUAAUGACACAGGUCCAUUUUAUAUUACUGAAUUUGAACAACUCAUGAUGGAAGCACAUGCAGUAUUAUCAAGUGCUGAAUUUGGGAGCGUUAUAGAUAUAUCUCUGAAAGCUGUGGUGGAUACACUGGCGGAGCAGAUGGGGACUACAACCGUGCCGUUGGCGAGAGCAUUGCCCCAAAUUGCACAGAUGUGUCCUUUGCUCCUCGAAGAACCCAGUAAAAAUCAGUUCAUCCAAAUCAUUAAUAAUAUACCAGAGGUUGAACUUUUUCUCACUUUUCUCUAUGCAAACAUACCAAGUGCAGAGAGCCUAGUGCAUAAUGAUUAG